CGCCUCGGCACCCGGAAGGGACGCGGCCGCAGGAGCCGGCGGGGCAGCUGCGCGGGGUCCUCGCGCGCCGCCCACGUGGGCCCGGGCCGAGCCCGGCUUUCCCGGUCCCGCCGCGCCCGCCCGUGCCCGCGCCUCGCCGCGCGCCAUGGCCGCCGCCGGCGGGCUGCUCCUCCGCGCUGCCGAAUCCCCGGCCGCCGCCGCCCCCGAGACGCUCUCGGGACCCCGCCCGGCCCAGGCGAGGCGGCACGCAGAGGCUACCAAAAGAAAGUACCGAGCAUCCAGUGAGGCUCCCCCAGCGAAGCGGAGGAGCGCGGUGGUGUUUCUCCCAGCCAAGAGAGCUGCUGCUGAAGAAGCACAAAGGACUUUUAAGGGGAAGGCACAGAAAACAUUUUCUCCAAAUGAAUCUUUGGUUGGUGUGAGCGGUAAAAACCGAGAGCAGAAACCAUGCAUUAGGACUUCUUCGUUAUUUAAAAACAACCCCGAAAUUCCAGAGCUCCACAGACCUGUAGUAAAGCAGGUGCAAGAACAGGUGUUCACCUCAGACGCUUUUCACAAACUGGACCUCCACCCACAUUUAAUUUCCACGAUAAAUACGGUCUUAAACAUGACUAGCAUGACCAGCGUUCAGAAGCAAAGUAUUCCCGUGUUGCUGGAGGGCAGAGAUGCUCUGGUGAGGUCUCAGACGGGCUCAGGUAAAACGCUUGCCUACUGUAUCCCUGUGGUUCAGUCUCUUCAAGCAAUGAAAUCAAAAAUACAGCGCAGUGAUGGCCCCUAUGCCCUGGUGCUGGUGCCAACGAGAGAGCUGGCUCUGCAAAGCUUCAACACUGUCCAGAAACUGCUUAAGCCUUUCACCUGGAUCGUGCCUGGGGUGCUCAUGGGCGGAGAGAGGAAGAAAUCCGAAAAGGCCAGACUCCGCAAAGGAAUAAAUAUCCUUAUCUCGACUCCUGGGCGACUGGUGGAUCAUAUCAAAUCCACAAAGAACAUUCAUUUUAGUCGGAUACGGUGGCUGAUUUUGGAUGAAGCAGACAGAAUCCUGGAUUUGGGUUUUGAAAAGGAUAUCACAGUGAUACUCAAUGCCGUGAAUGCCGAGUGCCAGCAACGACAAAACGUGUUGCUGUCGGCCACACUCACAGAAGGUGUGACGCGGCUGGCUGAUAUCAGCUUGCUCGAUCCGGUCCAGAUUUCUGUCCUGGAUCAGCACCACGGGCAGUCUGACCCGGAGCAAGGCACACUUCCCGAGGUUUCCCCUCUACCACCUGACGAUGAGCUGGACAGCUUUGCGAUUCCAGGAAGUCUUGAUCAGCAUGUGACGCUGGUUCCCAGCAAACUGAAGCUCGUCUCCCUGGCGGCCUUCAUCCUGCAGAAGUGCAAGUUUGAGAAAGACCAGAAGAUGAUCAUCUUUUUCUUGAGCUGUGAGCUGGUGGAGUUCUAUUACCACCUCUUCCUCCGGACCCUGCCAGCCUGCUCAGGGGUCCCCGCGUCACGGCAGCCACCAUCUGCCUCCACGAGAUUCAAAUUCCUGCGGCUGCACGGCAACAUGGAGCAGGAGGAAAGAACAGCGGUGUUUGAAGAAUUCUCACAUUCCAAGACCGGCAUCCUCCUCUGCACGGAUGUUGCAGCUCGGGGUUUGGAUCUCCCUCAAGUCACGUGGAUUGUUCAGUAUAACGCUCCGUCUUCGCCUGCUGAAUACAUCCACCGGAUUGGGAGAACCGCCCGGAUUGGCUGCCGUGGGAGCAGCCUGCUCAUCUUGGCUCCUUCGGAGGCAGAAUAUGUCAACUCGUUGGCUUCUCACAAAAUCAACGUGUCUGAGAUUCACGUGGAAGACAUUUUGUCUGUUCUGACAAGGGACGGUUGUUUGAAAGGGAGCCGACGGGGAACCCAGAAAGAACCUAAGGAAAUGUAUCAACGAAAGGGCAGGGGAACCAUCACAGCGUGUGUCCUGUGCCCGGGACUGUGCUACACUCUUCAUGGUUUGGUCCUGUUUAAUCCUCCCAGCAGCCCCACCAGGUACUGAAGGGUGUUCAUCGUCAUCAUCAGCUAGUAGCAGAUGUAGAGUUCUGAGUCCAGACUCCGCAACACGAAACCCGGUGCUUGUUGCUGUGGCACCGGCGAACGUUAGCCUCUGCCUGCUGGCCAGAAGUAAGAGCAAGCGGUAAAGUUACAAGAAAGUUACAAAGAAAGUAAAGGUUCGGUCAGAUCUCCUCUUACACCAUUUCUGGGACUGACUCUGUUGGUGUUUGUCCCUGAACCGAGCACACAUUGUUCGGUCCAGGGAGAGCUGAUCAUCAUGUGGGUCUGCAGAAGGAGCGUCUCCUGCGGAUUCCCCCCCUGGGGAGGGAGCCAAGCAGCCGCGGUGCCCUCUGCUCUUCCCCGAGCGAGCCACGGCCGUUUCCCAGCCCCCGGCCUUCCAGGGCCUUGCGUAUCUACUCCCACCGAAGCAGAGGCUUCCUUGGCACGAGGCCGGCCUUGAAGCCUUGCUCGAGGGGGGGGCUCGGGGACACUUCGUGUAGGGGCCGGGGCCCCAAGGCAGGCAGGCUUGGGUUCCAGACCGUGCUUCAUGGCUGGUGGUUCUGCAACCAGAGUGCCCGUCACGUGGGUUGCUGUGGAGCUGACCUCUAAAACGAGGCGGGCGGCGCUCUGUAUGCUUCUGGGCCGUGGCGGUUCAUCCCAGCCCCAAGCUCCCGCCUUGAUGGACGGGAACCAGUAGGAUGUUUUUAUGUUUUUAAGGAGUGGUGAGCUUUGUUUUUAAAAAGAAAAAACACUCGGCGAGGUGGGCUUUCACUGACCCCAAACUAACAGGUUAGCCUAGAAAACUAAUCGUACUACAGGCCCCGGGUGCCAUGUCGAUGAAAAGCUGGCCUGUUUAAUUAACCAAAUUUAACUUCAAUUCGAAGGCCAAAGGGAAACUCCGUGAAACUGACUCUAUUACUAAUUGUCACACAGAUCUACAACCCGAAAGAGUGUUUUAUGUGUGUGUGAUCCGCGUGAGUAGUGAAAAGAAUAAAGUAGAUGCUGGAUACAACUUUUAGUUCUGUUCCUCAUAAGAAACACGGCGUGUUUUAAUUGUCGUUCUCCAUGUGGGCGGUUCCGUCUAGCCCGUGAACCAGCGCCGGACAGAUACAUGUGAGCUCGGUAAAUAGGCCUUUUACACACAUAGCCAGACACCUCACUGUAAGGCCUCUCUUCUCACUCGAUUGAAGUGCAUUGUAAAUGUCCCUUUGGCACAUACGUUCUUGGGCUUCUGUGAACAGAAAGAGAGUGAGUGAAGCAUCUGUAAAAUGUAUAUUUCAUAUUUAGGUAUAUAAAAUAUAUAUAGCUACGUCUGGGUGUGCGAGUGUUCACCCACCUACAAAGAGAAUAAAUUUGAUCUUUCAACUUUACUGGGAAGCACUCAGAUGGUUCUAGGGAAGCAUGAGGGUGAAACUCAGCUUGGCAAUAAAGUGAUUAAAACAGUCCUUCCGUUUAGUUUAAAAACACUUUAGAAGUUAGCAAUGGGCAUGUUUCCAAAAAAAAAAAAAGAAAGAAAGAAAAAGGCACCUCCCCUACCAUUGCCACCACCUAAAACUUUUUACAACAACCAGAAAAAAAUCCAGCCCAAGUAUCUUCAACUCAUGUGUUGCCUCUCGAUAGGCAUGAAAUUUUCAUCUUCAAAGUAUGUGCACAUCCAAACAUGCUUUUUCUACGAGGUUUUUUUUGUUUUUUUUUUUGUUUUUGUCCUAUGAAAUAUGCCUGUAAACGGACCUUAGCAAGAGACUGGUGCAGGGUCAGGUAUUCAAAUGAGAUCAGCAGCCCCCUCCCUCCGUCCUAGUGCUCAGCCCUUGCACUCGGCUGUUCUCUCCAGGGUCGGUAGGGCUUUACGGACCAGGGAAUGCUGAGUGUGGGCCGUUGGAGACGUGUUUUCCUAAACUAGCCCCGGCCCGCUAGUCCCAGGUUAGCUUCGUUAACCAGCACUGCGUCUGUGUGUCUUUGAGGGGUGGGUGUGCCUCCGGGCUUUGACCUGCUCUCAUUACGGGAGUGUUUCACCUGUCGGGGCUGAGACGCUGGCGUGCACACGACUCUGCCCCUGCCUUCAGUUUAAAUUUAGACCGUCCUCCCCAGAAGACAACUGAAAAACACCUCAUUCUCAAGAGGGGUAAUUUUAAAAUAAAGUAUUUCUGGAAGUGGAGGGGGUAGGGAGAGGAAGACGUGCUUUUUCCUGAGUAUAUUAUGUUUUCUGCCAUUAACUUUUCCUUACAUUUUACUGAAACUGACCUCAUCAUUUCAAACGUGUGAACCUAGUCUUAUUGCCUUUUCUCCACCUAUUUCACUUGUACACACAUUAUCUAUGUGUGUGUAUGUAUUUUUUUUUGGUUGGGAAGAAAAGAUGCCUCAUUUUGAAACCUAAAGGGGGAAUAAGAAAAGCCCUUUGUAAUAUAUUGCCAUAUUAUCACUAAAUCCCCUGACAGUUGUGACACAGAAGUAAGUCACCUGUCACUUAAGCUUGAGGUCUCUUUAAUUUUCUCCUGGAAUUCGCACCAGGCUGUCUUUAAUUUGAGGCCUUUAUUGGAAUUCUGAAACCUCUCUGCCUCCCUGGCUCUCAGAUCUAUUCUGAGAGCUGUUACAGAGUGUAUACAAUAACCAACAGAGGGAUUCGAGCGGGCUGGAGCUCUGUUUAUCUAACACUCUAGAGGGAUUUUUGUGCUUAUUCGGGCCUGGCUGCCCGGCUUUCAAUAUCGCUUUGACAACCAUUCUGCCCUUCUCAUUAAUUUUAAACAGUUAAAACACAGGAAAAAGAGGAAAAAGUUUUCAUUAUUAAAGUGCUUUACUUUUUAAUAACAGAGGAUUCUGUCCGCCAGGGGAAAGGGCAUCCUCGCUAAUUUCACAUUCAUAUUAAAAAAACACACACACACACAAGGAAGGUGACAGUUGCGUUGCUGAGGUGGCUUAACGAAAGGAGGGCAGCAAAAAAAGAAAAAAAAAAGUUUGCAUUUCACAUCAGUUAAGAGGGUAAAAAAAAAAAAUCCUUGUUAAUGACAAUAGCAAAUGUCCACUUUCAUAACACAGCUACUGAGUGACUUUUCUCUUGACAUUUGAGUGGAUAAAACCCUUAGGGGGACCAUGUUCUGUGAAAUCAGCUAGACUGUCAUCAACCGAACAGGUAGCAGGAAUGAUUUGACUAAGCUAAAAACAUUUUCAGGUUGUUAAGUCUCUAUUAAUACAGAGACGGACACAGACCCAGAGAAUGAGGCUUUUUCUCCUCUCCCCUUUGUUCUUCCUCUGGCAGCCUUAAAGGUAAGAGACUCAGGAGCCACAGUUAGGCACGGUCAGCCUGUGGUCAGCCAGACACAGGCGCGAGCCCCUGUCCUCCGCGGGGGUGAAGGGAAGCACAGACUGGCUGUUUUCUUGGUGACCCAUGCCCGCAGUGGGUAGUGGUUACCGUAGAGACUUUAUAGAAUCACUGGGACAGUCGCGUCUUCCAGGAGACCUACUAGCCAAAUUGAGUUGGAGAAUCUUCGUUCUCUGGCAUCUCAGUUUCACAUUCAGUAGAAAGCACUCAUGUUUGUUUUAAGACGUAGGAGAUGGGGGGGGGGGGGUGCGCCUGGCUGGCUCAGUCAGUGGAGUGUGUGACUCUUCAUCUCGGGAUCAUGAGUUCGAGCUCCAUACUGGGUGUAGAGCUUACUUUAAAAAAAAAAAAAAAAAGAUACGGGAAACAAAAAACACUCAGUUUUAGGGGAAUAUAAAGAAAGGAAAUCUUGGGGCGCCUGGGUGGCUCAGUAGGUUGAGCGUCCACUUCGGCUCGGGUCAUGAUCUCACGGUUUGUGAUUUCGAGCCCCUCAUCGGGCUCU